AUGUUUAAGUUUCUCCCCGUACUCCUCUUUGCGAUUGUUGGCAGUGUCUUUGCCGAAAAUUACAAAAACCCAGGCUACGGUGAUUAUGGCAAUAACCAAUGUGCAAAGUGGUGUGCCGCAAACUUCCGUCAUUCAGGCAAGACGUGUACAGCUCCGGCUGCUAAAGGCAAAGGCCCUUGCUACGAUUGCGGACCGAAGAGCACCAACCGGGCCAAGAAGCUUUGCAAUGGGGUUUGCAAGGACACUAAGUCUGACAGUGCCAACUGUGGCAAGUGCGGUAAAUCGUGUAAGAAGGAUACCGAGAAGUGUCAAGGUGGAAGCUGUGUUCCUAGCUGUCCAGCCGGCAAGACCAAAUGUGGCUCGUCGUGUGUAGACACUAAGUCUGACAAUGCUAACUGUGGCAAGUGUGGUAUAUCGUGUAAAAAGGACACCGAGAAGUGUCAAGGUGGAAGCUGUGUUCCUAGCUGUCCAGCUGGCAAGACCAAAUGUGGCUCGUCGUGUGUGGACACAAAGACUGACCCUCAGAACUGCGGUGAAUGCGGCAAGACUUGUCCCUCAGGUGAAUGUGAGAACGGCGCUUGCGUAGCACCUGGAUGCGCGGGUCAAACCUGUGACACGUUUACAGCCUGUGGUCCUGGAGGCUCUUGUGUGUGCGCUUCCGUUGCGGGCGGACGAGGAUUUUGCGCAGAUGGGCAGACGCCUUGUUCUGGUCUGGCUGACUGUAAUGCUAGUGUUGACUGUCCCAGUGGCCAAGUCUGUGUUGUAGGCUCAUGUUGCACGCGGAACGUUUGUAUUAGCGCCGAUACUUGUACUAACCCUGCAAGCAAGGCUGCUUUCAAGAAGGUUUCGGGUGAUACUGUUGGGAGUCGUUCUGGUGGUAUGUAG